AUAUCCCAAUCACAUUGUGUUCUAUACCUAGUCACUUAUACAGAUUAUAAUGGCAGGGCUGAGGCCGCUCUUUUUGGUUCUCCUUUUGGCGGGAUUCACAGUGCCUUCAUCGGGAGAGAUUGCUGAAAAUGAUGUUAUAUUUCGCAAAGAUUUUGAGCAGAUGAAGAACUUGGUGAAAAUUUUAAAUGAACGGGUUCAAAUCCAGGACCAAAGACUGUCAGACCUAGAAAAUGAGGUAAAAGCUUUGAAAAGUGAAGUAAAGCAGAAGAACGAAUUUAUUGAAAAGAUGACCGAACCCUAUACAGUUAGUCCAAGUGAAAACAAUGCUCAGCAGAAAUCUUUCAUCGUGAAGAAGAGAAGUGGUGUUGAAAACUCUAACGACAAGAAGCAAGGAAAAUAUAUCAGAAUUGUCCCAGUUCCUUCGGCGAGUACCGUGGCAUUCUACGCGUACAUGUCGUCUUCCGAAAGCAACCCCGGUGUCCACCAUACUCUCAUCUAUGAUCAUGAAGUUACCAAUGUCGGAAACGGAUACAAUAGGCAUUCUGGAACCUUUAUCGCUCCCGUAGAUGGUAUAUACGUCUUUACAUGGACUACGUUUGUACAGCACAUCGGUGAAUACAUGUCCACUGAAAUAACACUGAACAGCCAACCCGUUGGGGCAACAUUUCCUGAAGGUGGAGGUGAUUUCGCAGGGGUGACGGGUUCAGUUGUCCUCUCAAUGCAGAGGAAUGACAUCGUUUUUACGAGAACUCACACAACCUACGUUCCUCAUGGGACCAUCAGAAGUGAUAAUUUGAUGCGAUCCACCUUCUCUGGAUGGUGUGUGUCUUGUAAUUAAAAUAUAAGCAAUAAAAUGGAAACCUAU